UAAUUUUCAAAGCGUGACACGGGAAAAAGCAAAAGCGUUUCGGCCUGUUUACUGGGAACCUUGGCAACCAUGGCAGUGCGCGUGCGCGCGUCCCCCAGCAAGGACGAUGAGACGCAGGUCGAAAAUUCUGCCAUUAAAUAAAACCAAAACAAACCAGCCUGCAAGCGCCUCAUUUUAGGUGUAAGGUGCCUAUUUCGCCCUUCGCUCUCCUGACUUUGUACGGCUGUUAAGAGUUAUUUCACAGAAACAAGCUGGAUUAGCUGGGUGAACUCACGUAAGAAGGAAGCGUUUGCCUCUGGACACAGAGCGUGUUUUCGGCGUGCAAGGCAUUUUGUCUGAUAGCUCCAUUUUAAGUUAGAAACAGUUCAGAUGGACUUGGAGGUUAAAGGAAUUUCUGCAUCUCCAAAAGGACAAUCUGAUCUACUGAUCUCUCAGGGUUGGAGGCCAAACACAAGGUUAAGCCGUGGUCCUCGACCAGCAGAGGUGCCAUGUCUUGACUUGGGAAAGUUGGGUGAUUCAGAAGAUGAGGAUGGAGAUAAUGGCUCACUAUACAAUGCUGUGCGACCUCACACUGUCCCUCCACAUCUAUCUUCAUCUUUUAGGAGGGGCACUCAAUUACAAAGUACUCACACACAAUAUCAUAACACAGAACAGGUAGCAAGGAGACCUGACCUGAAGAAAAUUGAGCUUUCUUCAAAGGAGCAAAAAACAAUACCAGAAAACUUGCCACUCCCAACAGACAUGUAUAAGCUGAAAUAUCAGCAAUAUGAAACAGAAAUGAAAGAGGGUUAUAAGCAGUAUUCUCAGAGAGCUGCGAAAAAGAAAAUAAAUAAUAAGCUGUUUCAUGAACUUCCAGGCAAGAUAGCAGAAAAAAAGGAUUUACAACCAGAAAAACAAAGACUGGAUGAAUUUACAGUUCUUGAUGAGAAAGCCCUUUUACAGCAAGGUUAUACAAACAAACCAUAUACUAUGCAGCACAGUAUAAGAAAAUUUGAUGUUGAAGAAGUAGCAGCAGAGAGGAAAAAACAAGCUGUGGUAGAACAAGUGAUGUUAGAUCAAUUGUGUAGAGCUGUGAUAAGUGAUCCAGAGCAAAAUGGAAAUUCAGAUAUUUAUAAGAUGGCUCCUGUUCUUCCCGGAUUAAGAACAGCACCUCUGCGCUUUAGAAAAAGAACAUUACAUGAAACAAAAAUUAAGACAAGGUCAGCACUGACGGAAAAUAUGCUUUCUAACAAAUUACGGUUUGAUGGUAGAUUAAUAUUAAGAAAUGGACGUGAUGCUUGUCGAGAACUGAUUGGAUUUUAUUUUACUUGUGACAAAUCUUUAACUAUUUAUGAAUAUCGAAAGUUUGGUAAAAAUAGGACAAAUGCCCUACCAUUCAUUCUGAAGGGUGUUUAUAUGCAUCAGCGUGGACAGAAAAAAGGAAAACCAUACAAUCUUAAUGAUUUCUUUGUUGGAGCAGACCUAACUUUUUUGAGCCUUCAGCAUCCUGGCCUUCCUGAAAGUGUUAAGCAGAAACCAUUGUUUACAAUCCGUGUCACAAAUAUUGAUGAAAUGGCUAGAACAUUUCUAAAGACCUAUAAUGUGGAAAAUGAGGAAAAUCCUAUUGAAGAUGAUCGGAAGAAAACUUUGAGGAAUAUUCAAGAUAAUUUGAGAAGAAAAUUAAGUAAAAGAGGAGUUCGUAUUAUUUCAGGACUGGGAAAAUAUUUCCGUGAACUGGACAAGAAGCAAAAUGGGAAUAUUACAAAAGCAGACUACAGGCAAGCACUAAAAGUAUUUCGUUUAGAAGUGACUGAAGAGGAAUUUGAAUCUUUAUGGUUAGUUCUACAUGAUGACAAUAAUGGUGAAUUUGAUUACACUGAAUUUACUCAUGCUAUUCUUGGAGAAAUGAAUGAAUACAGAAAAGCAUUUGUUAGGAAAGCUUAUAUGAAGCUGGAUUACAAUAAAAUUGGCAGAGUCCCUAUGGUAGAUAUCAAGAAAUGUUACUGUGCUAGAAAACAUCCUCAGGUUAUAGCAGGUAAUGCAACAGAGGAAGAAAUUAAAUCUUCAUUUCUUGAAACACUGGAGGAUGCCUGCAGCAAUCCAAGUGAAGUUUCCUUUGGUGAAUUUGAGGAUUAUUAUGAAGGAUUAAGUAUUGGCAUUCUGGAUGAUGAAGAUUUUAUUAACAUAUUAAGGAAUUCCUGGGGAAUUUAGAAGUGAAAAAUAUAAUGUAAAAUUAGGAAUAGAGACUCUGAACAUUGUUAACUUUCUAAAUAGCUUUAAUAAAUUGGCGUUCGUAAUCUGAAGAUACAGUAAUGUUUAAAGCAUGGCUAGUUUCUCUUCCUGCAACAUUAAAAUAGUAUUUAUUAUUUUUUUAUGAAAUUGCCUUAGACUAUAUCCCAUGUAAUAGAAUAAUAUUUUUAAUCAAUGAAUUGUGAAACUGAGUAAAAGACUAUAUACAAGAUAGAACUAUAAUGUGCUAUGUUAAAAUAAUUGUAUCACAAGUCAUAUAUGAAGACCCUUUAUUUAAAUGAAUAUUUUUAUUUUGGUUGUCCUGUUAGUGACUGUUUUAAUCUCAUAAUAUAUAAGCAAACAGAAGUUUAGGUUGAUUCUACCUAUCCAGAUAGAACAGCAUGUUUAAAUGACCCUAACCCUAACCCAAAUAUAUUUUUUGUUUUAGUUAAUUUAGUGCAGUCAGAUAGCACAGAAAGUCCUUUAUGAAUAUAUUCUCAAAACUUUUUAAAAGCUUAUGUAUGUACCUAGAAACAAAAGUGUCUCUUUGUGUACUUUGUAAUUCACUAAUUCCAUUGUGGGGAACCCCACUGUGUGGGGUUUUUACUUAAAAUAUAAUAUAAUGUGCUUUUUAAAUUCAUCUAAAUACUGUAUCUAGCUUUUUAGUAUUUAAUUUUAAAAUUUGAUUUUAAUAUUCCUUCAGUAUGUUAUAAUUCAGUUCUACGAUUAUCAUAAUAUGUUA